AUGGCUCGGUAUCCUCGCGUAGCGGUGGUGGGCACUGGACCAUCAGGCAUAUCGGCUGUCAAAGCUCUCCAUGAAGAAAAGGCCUUCGAUACAAUCCGCGUGUUUGAGCGCCGGAAUCGGCCAGGGGGUGUGUGGCAUCUUGACUCUAUCCCCGACGUCUUUCCUGCCCGCGGAGACCCAUACAAUGCCCAAAACCAGAUCCCCUCAACGCUGCCACAAUUCACAGCCCCAGCCCCCGAAGACACCACAGCACGCACGGGCGUCUAUGAGUCGCUCGACAGCAAUGUCGGGAUCAGGGCAAUGGAGUUUACUCACACGCCGUUCCCGGUUAUCAACUCGGCGCUCUCCGUUGAGCGGUAUGGGCACUCAAAUCCGACUCGGCCUUGGCAGGUAGUAUCCCACUACCUCGAUAACCUUGCCAAAGACUACUUGCACCUGAUUUCCUUCAACACAACGGUUGAACGGGUCGAGAAAAUUGACGGAAAGUGGACGGUGACUCUCCGACGCACAGAUCUAACGCACCAUGGCCAGCCAGCUGAUUACUGGUGGCAAGAGCAUUUCGAUGCAGUCAUUGUCGCUUCGGGGCAUUACAACGUCCCUCUAGUCCCGGGCGUGGAGGGCCUGGACGUCGCGUUCAAAGCCCAUCCCACCAAGUUCGAGCACGCAAAAUCAUUCCGUUCUUCAAAUGACUACGUCGAUAAGAAGGUUGUCGUAGUCGGAGGCAAUGUCUCCUCCGCUGACCUAGUCACCGACCUCCACGCCAUCGUCAAGGGUCCUCUGUACGUGUCCCAGCGAGGCAGGAACGACGCUUUCCGCUUCGCAUGGGAGCUUCCCAACGUCGAGCUCAAGCCAACACUCCAGUCCAUCAAAUCAACCGACACAGGAACCAGCAUAACUUUCACCGACAACACAAAAGUCGAAAACAUCGACAAGCUCAUCUUCGCAACCGGAUACCGCCUAUCCUACCCCUUCCUCAACCCCGACCCCGUCACGCCCAACAACCGCGUAGCCGGGUUCUACCAGCACAUCUUCAAGAUCGGCGAUCCGUCCCUCGCCCUCGUGGGCCAAGUCCGCGCAGCGAUCAGUUUCCGCGUAUACGAGUACCAGGCCGUCGCCGUGGCUAGGUAUUUUGCCGGCCACAACGCGAAGCCCUUGCCCAGUCCCCCGGAGCAGGAUCUCUGGGAAUUUGAAAGGCUGAAGUACCGCGGCCCCACAACUGACUUUCACACUCUCAGGCCGGACUUUAAGGAAUAUUUUGACUUCCUCCGGGAUUUGGCUGGUCCCCCUGCUGUUGGAACUGACGGUUACGAACUGCCGUCUUGGGAUGAUAAGUGGGCGGAGUGGGCGUGGGAGAUUCCGGCGCUGAAAGAGCGGUACUGGAGAUCUCGUCGCCAGGAUAACGCAAUCAACAAUGCCGUAAGGGCAAACCUAUGA